AUGUCUUCAGUAGUGUCUAUUCCCCAAGGCAAAGGUUCCCCCAGCUCUCAUUCCACAGGUCACCUGCCGCCCAAAAAUCAUGGGUUUCCGCCUAAGCUUGGUGCCCAACUGCCAAAUCCCAAAGCUUCUCCCUCAUCGGCUAUUCAGGAGGCUCAACCUCAUAUACCCCAGGACAUCCUGGAAAUUGCAAAGAAGCCAGUGACGGCGCCUGAGCCAGUUGCUGGAAUCCCGUUUUCACAAUUUGCUGCCCAGUUCCAUCUUAAACAACAUCAGGAAGCCCAGAAGCGCAGCCUCUUGCAACGGCUACGUCAUUUUCGCGUCUCCAUUUGUCUUUCUACUCGGUUGCUCAGGCUUGGAGCAAUCUCUCAAAAAGGGUUAGUUGAAAGUUUUAAGCUGGGCGAUAAGGCUAGUUUUAUUUCGAUUUAUAAUAACAUCCAUGAUGUCCGUGAGGCAUGUGAGCCCUCCACGCAUGGUAUCAAAAAUCCUUCAGUCCUGGGACACGAUUCUCUCCUCGGAUUCUCUGGUACUUCCGCUUCUGAUUCGGAAAUCCGCCGCCCCUAUAGUUUUGUGCACCAACUUACUCCAACCUCCAGGGAAUGUCUACUGGAAAUUUUGAGUCUGGUCCGCACGGAUCCUCAAUUCCUUUUUGAGCGCAUUGGUAACUUACUUCCUUCUCAGCUCUCUGCGCUCGUCCCCUCUGUCCACACGCUUGAAGUCAGUGAUUCCGUUUUCCCUCUCGCGUCUCGCGGAAGAACAACGCAGCCGCUAUUCUCCAAGCGUACUACUGCACAUGCCACUGCUUUCAAAGAGCAUGUUUUGGGUUUCGAGAGGACCGAUCCUCUCUCUGCUUUGAUUUUUAAUGUUUUUGCUUCUUCUGGGAGCACCGACUCCCGCGAGGCCCAGUUACGUUUGGAUGUGUGGUCUUCCACCUGUGCAAAAUUGGUAUCCUAUGGUGGAAGCAGUCAUUAUUCUUUAGUUGGCCACCUUCUGUCCGCCUGGUCUACCUCCACCGAAUGGAAGGCUAAACCCAAAUUUGAGAUCUAUUUGAUGGAUGUUCUCCAGAAAGGUGCUUUCCUCCUGCAACACCCAGAAACCCCACGUCGACUUGGCCACGAUGGCGAACUCCCUGAUCCUCUGCGAACUAGUGUUGCCGAGGAGUUUUUCCAAUCUGCCGUUCGGGACCUAUUUGAAGUCCUAGAUGACUCGGAUGGAGGUUUUCCACGUGGUGCUUUGGAGUUCGGGAAUGCUGUUCUUUCUAAGCUUGGAAUGACUGAGAGCCGAAAACGAGCUGUGGAGUAUAUAAUUUUCCAGUGGUUCUUUUGUAAAUUCAUGCAUAAUGCGCUUUUAUUCCCGGAGUCUAUUGGUUUGUUACUCGAUUUCCAUAUUUCUAAGGAUGCACGAGAGAGGCUGCUUGGUCAAAUUUCACUCCGAGCUCAGUCACAAGUAUCUCGAGAGUUACACACCCUGCCCCAAUUUUCAUACUUUGACGCAAAAAUCAGAAUCCAUAUUGACAAUAUGCUUUCCCACCUUUGUAAUCCGAUUUCAUCGUCCCAGGUUACCAUCAACCCGCCCGUUGCGCACCCAGCUACGAAACAAAACUUACCCGAACGGUUCCUACUUUUGUCUCCAACGGAUAUCAUGACUAUUUUGGAUGUUCUUUUUCCUAAGGCGCCCCCUACCUUUUUCAACUCUUCAAACUCAUUCAAUCAUCACAAUCACUCCGUUCUGUCUUCUCCUAAUAAUUCUUUCUUUCCACAAAAUGAUGCCCCGGGCCGAUGUUUUGAACCAAAUCUUUUCCAGGGAAGGAUUGAUACUUUUUCUUCUCGCUCAUCCACCGCAAAGACCGUGUUCACCACUGAAAUGAGUUUCCAGGAUGCAACCAGGUCGUACGCAGUGCCGGGCACUAAGCCAGUAAGCCCGGUAUCUCCACAAAACUCCCUCGCCAGAAAUGCAGAUCGCAUUCGGUAUGAGCUAUCUGAGAUCAACGAGUCGGAGGAUCGCCCCACAAUGGGUCGCCCAUCGAGCGAGGACUGGGCAUUGAUCUCUGUUUCAAAUGACGGGAGAACCGUUGCAUUGAUGCCUUCUCUUGAUCAGGAGUUGGAGUCUGGAGGGUCAUUCUCCAACGAUGACCCAGAUAGCCGUCCUGCGUCAUCACUGGUAGACGACGAUCGGGAGAUGUUACAAAGUGCCAUCGUCAAGCUGAUAGACGAUUUCGAUCAUUUGGAGGACUUUUGCCACUAUGACCCGAUCACUUCUGCUACUCCCGGAACAAGUGAACCCUCCCUUAAGCAGAAAUUUGCUAGUGCCAUGAACUAUUGUCAAUCCCAGGCUGACUUCGUUGGCGCCCACUACUGGUGGAAUGCAUCCCGACUUCUUCAAAAGGUUUACCCAAAUUUUUGGGUCACCGGCGAUCACUCGAAGCUUUUGAUGCCCCUGUUUUCAUCGUCGAGGAAAUCAAUCGAGACGUCUACUGCCAUCAUUGAGCAGUGUGAGAGUAGGAUAAUGGAUCUUAAGCGAGCAAUGACACGACUUCGAUCUCUGACAGUAGAGAUGAUGACGAGUUUAGCGAAGCUGAGGAAUAAGAUGUGGUAUAUGAACGAUGUCAAAAACUCACUGAGGUAUGAAGAAGCAAGAAGUGUUGCUCUCGCGUUACAAACGAUGGCUGGGCCCGCAUCGAUAUCGCCGAUUCCUGAACCCAAACCUCGCUAUGGCUCAAGAACACUUGGUGCAUCAUUCCUUCAAAAGCCAGAAAUCCAAACUAUGAAUGCGAUGAAAGCGCCUGUAAGCCAAGGUGGCCGAUCUAAAUUGUCCGAUGAACAAGUUGACAUGACUAGCAAGUGGCUGCAGCGUUCUGGCAUUGAUAACUUCUGCAAGGGAGAGGAGCGAAUUCACCGGUUUUGCUUGGAGAUAAAGGCGGCGGUUGGGAAACUGGUUGGGGAGACAAUGUACGAAACUCCCGUUUUGUGGUCUAGUGAGCUCUAUCAAAAGGAACGCACCAUCUACGAUGCAUCUGGCGGGCGACCUGUCACUGGGCUUGGCGCGUCGUCGAGUCUUCGACCGUCAAGCAUUGCGAGUGAAGAGUCGUUGUACCAGGCGCCAUCUAGUGUGGGUGUGGGUCUUAGGACGUUUGACCAUAAUUUCCGUUCUUUAAACGAAGCGCCAUCAAUAGUGCGCAAAUCGUCGUUCCAAAGCCUUGCAUCAGAAAGAUGGAGAUCGAGCAGGGAUGCAACUUGCGGCGAUACAUCCUCUAUCGGUGACUCACCUGGUAGAGCUAUAUCGACAUCCGCCAGUGACUCCACGUUCUGGUCUCCAAUGCACACACAAGCGCAGUCCACAACGAGCGCUUCGAGCCUCCACUCUCGACCCCCUUCGAUGUUUAGUGAUGUCUUGACAUCGAGGAGACCUGAGCGGAAUGCUCAGGGCAAAGUUGCGUUUUUGGACGAACUUAGGCAAACCCUAACGAGCUUGUUGCUGAGCGAUCUUGGCUCUCCUGUUUGGAGCUGUGGUAGCGAAACCGAUGCCUGGUUUUCGAUUUAUUUGAAUCAGCCACGGAUCCAAAGGCAGAUGGAGAGACGUGCGAGGCUGGAAAGAUUUUUAGCGGAAUGUGCUUCUAGUGAUGACGAGAAUGGGGUCCCCAUGUCUCAUAAACUCAGGAGAAGCAGGUCCGCGGAUGCUAUUUUGCUUAGUGUUCACAAGCCAGCGGAACAGGACCUACGUACACCAACCCCUACUCAGUCAUCCCCUCUUCAGGAAACACCUGAUUCGUUCCAUUUUGCGUAUGACACUGCCUUUCGCCAGUUAAUGGAGAGAUUCUCGCGACAAUCCAAUCCCUAUACCAAGCUCAAAGCACUGCAGGAUUUAAGGUCACUGGUGAUCUCAUCGCUGAGCUCUAGGAAUGAUAGUCAAGCUAACGAAGGGCUCGGUGCUUUCGCCGAACCGCCAUUUCCUCAAUCAGAUAGCGGACGAUUCCAACGCAAUAGCUUAUCUGAAGGGUCGAAACUACCACAACCACAAUCAGCUAACUACCAAAGUCCGAACCGAAACCAAACCGCAUGUUCACCUGUAUGGGGAUCGGUAGCCUCAUAUUCCACUUUCCCACCAUCUGAGACGGAGAUAAUCCUCGCGAUGCGCGACUUGAUCCAAACCAUCCAACCAAAGACCCUAUUCCGCGACCUCCAAUUCAUCUCAGCGUUUAUCCCCUCAGAAAUCCUAAACAAGACCCAUAGCGGAACCGCAUUUCUCCAAUUUGGCCUAGCUGCAUUCGCCUUGAAAGACGACGUUUGCAACAGCAUGGUUGAAAUUGCAGAUAACAUCGUCUCGCACGAACUCAGCAAACGGCAUCAGCGCCAUAACACACUAAACAACCACAGCCAUCAGCCCACCACGGCCGCGGCCGCGGACCUCUGCCGGUUCAACGGCCUCGAGGAUGCCAAAUGGAUGUGGAUACACACGGCGCGGGAAGGAAACCCUGUCGCCCAGCGCGAACUCGCCAUUCUAUACCUGACGCACCCAGAGAUUCUGCCGCGGGUGACGCUGCCGCUGACCAUGCCGCGCAACACCUUCAAGGCAGAGAUGAUGUAUCGUCGCGAUGGUGAUUCGAAGUCGGAUCCGCAGAGUAUGUGUUUGGCGCUGCACUGGAUGCAGCUCUCGGCGGCUGGGGGGGAUGAGUUGGCGAGGAACCGGUUGAGGGAGCGGGAGGAGUUUGAUUUGAUUGCGUGA